CGUGUUGUAACUGACUUAGUCAAGUGUCAUUCUUCCGAUCCGGCUUGCCCGAACCGGGAAACCACUAGUCCACCUGGUCGCGUGGUGGUGUAUGAUGUGUUUGCUGGGGUCGGACCGUUUGCCAUUCCCGCGGCACGUCGCGGUUGUCGUGUGUUCGCGAACGAUCUGAAUCCGGCCUCGUACGAAUGGUUGAUGCGAAAUGUGCAAGCGAAUCGGACUGCGAAACGCUCGCUGGACAAUAUCACGUGUUACAAUCUGGACGGGAGAGAAUUCAUCCGAAAGGUUGUGCUACCUCACUAUUGGAGUUCGGUAGACGACGGUCCAGUGAAUACCUCCUCCGGUGACGAUGAGCUACAUCCUCUGCGAUACGUUGUUGUCAUGAAUCUGCCUGCUUUGGCUCCGGAUUUCCUCGACGCUUUCCUUCAUCCGCAACCCGCAGAUGAGUUGCUAAGUCCGAAUUCCUCGGAUCUGCGGUCGCUGUCGGUCGAUGUGAAUUGUGCGGACACGCGUCCGGCUUGUGGUAAACGAGCACGGACUGCCGCACUUCCUCUCGAUGUGUACUGUUACUGUUUUGUUCGUCGGACUAGGGAAUCGGAAGACACAAUAAAACAGCGCCUGGCCAGUGCUCUGGGCUACGCAAAAAAUCCGACCGAUUUGUUCGAUCGAGCACCGGACAGUCUUGGUCCCGGUCCCCGGGUGAAUGUGUGGUCUUUUCGAUUUGUUCGAAAUGUGGCCCCGUUUAAAGAUAUGUUUUGUGCUGAGUUUCAGCUGACCCUUGACCGACCAGAAACCGCGUUAGAGCAUGAGCUGAUUGGCGAAAAUGCUUGUCGUGUGGAUCAUAAGAAACCGAAGCUGGAAGCCUGA